UCCUCAUGGACUUGACUCAGGCCUCUGAAGAAACCCAAUUCACAAAUCACAAUCAAGAGAACCCCUGUGGUUUUCUCCCAAAUUUCAUCCUACAAAAUUCCAAUGUCUUCCUCAAAGAUUAUCAUUUUGAAGAGUUCCGACGGGGAGAGCUUCCAAGUGGAGGAGGCGGUGGCGCUUGAAUCACAGAUGCUGAAGUACAUGAUUGUGGAUAACGAUGACACUACCAUCACCAUCCCCGUCCCUGAGGUAACUAGCAAGAUCUUGGGCAUGGUUAUAGACUACUGCAAACGCCACAUCGAGGCCGCGAAGGGGACCAAAGAUUUCUACAAUCUCAAGGCCUUCGAUGCUAAUUUCGUCAAAGUUAACCGCGAAACAUUGUUUGAUCUCAUUAGGGCUGCUAAUUACCUCAACAUCAAGAGCUUGCUUGAUCUUACCUGCCAAACUGUUGCUGAUCUCAUCAAGGGGAAGACACCAGAGGAGAUCCACAAAUUUUUCAAAGCCCGAAAUGCAGGAGAGGAAGAAGAAGAAGAGGUCCGCAGGGAGAAUGCUAGGGCAUUUGAAUGAAAUUUCAAGUCUGUUAAUUGCCUGCCAGUCAAUUAAUCUAUUAUGCAUAUAUCCUACUAAACCCUCUUUGUUAUCAUAAUAAAAACUUUGGUUAAUAGCACUCAAUUUCUAUUA